AUAUAUAUAUAUAAUGUUAAUUGACACUCUUACUAUGUACACUCUUACUAUGUACAAUUUAUAUAUAUAUAUAUAUAAAUUUAUGCAAAGGAGUGAUGAAUGAUGAGAAAAAGUUAUAUCACUGUUUUUACGUGAAAAUAUUUUAUGAAAAUGAUUGCUACGGUGAGCUGUGAAACCAUAACUAAAGGUGUAUAUUUUUUAGUUUUUAUUUUGGCUGCAUGUUUUUUAUUUUUAUUUUUUAUAAUACAUUUAUAGUUAUAUUCGGGAUGGUUGUUAAUAAUUAAUGAAUUAUUAAAUGAUAUCUUGAAAUUAACGGUUAAAUCUUAAAUAUAUAUUGUCGACGUUCAAUUUCGGCCGACCUGUGAUUCGUUUUGGGCCGCGGUGAAUCAAUCCAAAAAUACCGAGAAGGAAGGAACCCCCCCCACAAAAUUCCAAACGUGUACAUUAGACUCUUUUAUGUGGUUCGGCCAGAAUGAUGCCUAGUCCACGGUCGCCGUCUGAUUAUUCUCUCAGAGUGGCGAUAUCUGAUUAUUCUUUCCGUCCCUUGCCCCUCAUGAUUUUUUUGAUUCUCAUUUAUACUGAGGGGCUUUUACAAUUCAGAUAACAUAUAAAAAUACAGUAAUUAUAUAAUGGGGGACAAACAGUUCUUAUCGCCUUCACAAGACCGGGAGUGGGAUUCUCAUUACGAGGGGCAUGGGCUGUUACAGAUAAAGUGAUCGGACCUUACCUCUGUCUUCUCAGCAGCUUUGCCGCUCAUGCGAGCUGGAGGUUUCAGGCUGGCGACCUGGAUGGUCCAGCGAUCUGGAGGAUAUUUCAGGAGCUCGUUAGUCGAUUGUUUGGAGCUCGUUGGGGGAUUAUCGCGAGCUCGCUGUAUGCUUGCUUUACAAGUUCCGGAUUUUUGGUGGAGGCUGGGCUUUUUUUGACGAGGUCGUCCGGGCCUUCUUGGCCUUGGGUGAUUGGGCCAGUCUAUCGGACCGAGUCUGGUCCAUGCGGGGUGAUGCGGAAAAUACAUAUAACAUAUAUAUAUUACAUAUAUAUAUAUUACAUAUAUAUAUAUAUUACGUUUAGAAAUUUUUUAGUUUUUAAAAGACAAUCUUCUAUCAAUUUUUGACCAAAAAUUAAAAAUGCUUUUAGGUCUCGUAGGUCCGUUAACUGAUUGCCAUCCCUUAAACGUACAACAAAACCAUUCCUUCUUUUGAGGCCUAGCACUAUUUUAUUUAUUAUUUCCGACCGUUUCCGCCUUUUCAUGCUUCCUCCGUAGACGUUAAAUAUUUUUAAACGUUUAAAUGUUAUUAUUAUUAUUAUUUUUUACCGUUGAAGUAACGGGCAGAAAACACAGUACGAAGUAGGAACCGCUACGUGUCACAACAAACAGCUUCGGCAACCUCCGAACCUAUAUCCCUACCAGAACCUGCUUCAACGGCUACUUAUCUCUUCUCUCUCCUCAUACAUAUAUAUUCACAUGCCCUCCUCCUACAUAUAUAUUCACAUGCCCUCCUCCGCCUUAUCAUAUAGCAGCUGUGUUUGUCUUUCUCUCUCUUUAAUUUUCCCUUUGUCUUCAUUUAGCGCGACACAGAGAGAGAGAGAGAGAGAGGAUUUGUAAGGAAGCUAUAGAAUAUAGCCAAGUGUUCAUUCAUGGCUGCCGCGGGUUGUUUUUCAUCAAGGGCUCUGUGCUGCGCGGCAGUUCUCCUGCUGGUGGCGGUGAGGUUAUCGGAAGGUAGAGAGUACUUGGUCGGCGGCAAGACGGACAGCUGGAAGAUCCCUUCCUCCGAAUCCGACUCUCUCAAUCACUGGGCCGAAAGCUCCCGGUUCCUCAUCGGCGACUCCCUCGUGUGGAAGUACGACGGCAGCAAGGAUUCGGUGGUGGAGGUGAGCAAGAAGGACUACGAGAAGUGCAACACAUCGAGCCCCAUAUCAGAGUACAAGGACGGCAACACCAAGGUGACGCUGGACAGGUCGGGCCCCUUCUACUUCAUCAGCGGCGCCGCCGGCCACUGCGAGAAGGGGCAGAAGCUGGCGGUGGUGGUCAUCUCCCCAAGGCACAGAAGCAUAGCUCCGGCGCCUGCUCCGGUGGAGGGUCCGGCCGUUGCUCCGACCAGUGCCGCCGUCAGCUCAGAGGGCGGGUUGUUGGUGGGUCUGGGAGUUUUGGCCAGCUUCUUGGCCUUGUACAUGUGAGAGAGAGUGAAAUUUUGUGGGGGGGGAAGGCAUCUGGUUUUCCUGCGUGUGGGUGUGUUGUGGUGUGGGGUAGAGUGAGUGAGUGUGAUGUUCUUGGGAGUGCUAUUAUUAUUAUUAUUAUAGUAAAAUUCAAUAUAAAUUAAUUUAUUUGUUCGUUAAAAGAAAAGGUGUUGAAUUUCUGAAUUUGUUAGUAAUAGCAGCAGCAGCAGCAGUGUAGUCAAUUUGUUUUUAAUUUUUGUUGGUUGGGUGAAUGGGGGGACCAUACCAAAUGUAAUUAAUGUGAGAAAUAUCAU